CUACCCCAAAGAAAACGGUCCCGAGUGACUUGCCAGCCUUUCACCCGGCAAAUGUGGGCUCUGGCGUUUUUCACUUUGGGAAACCGAACCCGCGCACUUCGCGGCUUCCCUGUUUUCCCGCGCGUUGCCCCCGGCCCGGGGCGCGCCCGCCAGCCCGCCCCUCUUCGCGCCGCGCCCUCUCGGCCCGGGAGCCGCCCUCCCCGCGGGGGCGGCCGGGCGAUAACACCGAGGGCGACGGCCGCAGUGCGCGUGCAGCCGUGCGCCAUGGCAGUGUCCCCCGAAGGGACCCCGGCCCCGCCAGUUGAGACGCCGCCGCCGCCCCCGCCGGAAGCGCACACCUUGGAGCCCGGUUCGGACAGUGGAGCUGGUCGCCUCUCAUUCUGUACGAAGGUGUGCUAUGGCAUUGGAGGGGUCCCCAACCAGGUGGCCUCCAGCGCCAUAGCCUUUUACCUGCAACUUUUCCUGCUCGAUGUGGCACAGAUCCCUGCUGCCCAGGUGUCACUUGUCCUGUUUGGAGGGAAGGUGUCUGGGGCAGCUGCCGACCCUUUGGCUGGGUUCUUCAUCAACAGAAGCAGGAGAACAGGGUCUGGACGACUCAUGCCCUGGGUGCUGGGCUGCACGCCGUUCAUUGCCGUGGCCUCCUUCUUCCUGUGGUUCCUGCCCCCCUUCACCAGCCUGCGAGGCCUCUGGUACACAGCCCUCUACUGCCUGUUCCAGGCCCUGGCCACGUUCUUCCAGGUGCCCUACACGGCACUGACCAUGCUCUUGAGCCCCAACCCCAGGGAGCGGGACUCGGCCACCGUGUACCGGAUGACCUUGGAGAUGGCGGGGACGCUGAUGGGAGCCACUGUGCAUGGACUCAUCGUGUCUGGUGCCCACGGGUCCCACAGGUGCAAGGAGACUGCGCUCCCAGGACAAGUGGCCGUCUCCCCCAACGCGACUCGUCUCUACUGCAUUGCAGCCACUGUGGUUGCUGUGACUUACCCCGUGUGCAGUAGUUUGCUCUGCCUGGGGGUGAAGGAGCGACCAGAUGCUUCUCCCCGAGCCUCCGGCCAGGGCCUGAGCUUCCUGGCUGGGCUAUGCCUCACAGUCCGGCACCCGCCCUACCUGAAGCUGGUCAUCUCCUUCCUCUUCAUCUCGGCAGCCGUUCAGGUGGAGCAGAGCUACCUGGUCCUGUUCUGUACACACGCCUCCCGGCUACAUGACCAUGUGCAGAGCCUGGUGCUAACCAUCCUGGUCUCGGCAGUGCUGAGCACCCCGAUGUGGGAGUGGGUUCUGCAGCGAUUUGGGAAGAGGAUGUCGGCCUUCGGGAUCUUUGGGAUGGUGCCAUUUGCAAUCCUGCUGGCUGCUGUGCCCACAGCACCCGUGGCAUACGUUGUGGCCUUUGUAUCUGGCGUGAGCAUUGCUGUGUCCUUGCUGCUACCCUGGUCCAUGCUUCCAGAUGUGGUGGAUGAAUUCCAGCUGCAGCACCAGCACGGCCCAGGGCUGGAGACCAUCUUCUACUCAUCCUAUGUCUUCUUCACCAAGCUUUCAGGUGCAGGCGCCCUGGGCAUCUCCACUCUCAGCCUGGACUUCGCGGGGUAUGAGUCAGGAGCCUGCAAGCAGGCGGAGCAGGUAGUGGUGACCCUCAAGGUCCUCAUCGGUGCCGUGCCCACCUGCAUGAUCCUCAUCGGUCUGUGUAUCCUCAUGGUCAGCCCCGCUCCAAAGGUGCCAAGUCGGACCAGCUCCCGCUCCCUUGGGAGGAGGACCAGCUACAGCCUCGCUUGAAUUUGAGACUCCUGUGAGCUGGAACGGCAGGAGCAGCGUCUUCUGGGUUCCAAGCCCCCCUUUCUUCUCAGCCCUUCGGCACCCCUGCUUCACAGUUUACACACGACCCGUCUUUUCCCCUGGGAUAUGGCGUCUUCAGUGGCUCUCCUGAAGAGAGUGGCCUGGGCUCCAGGACCCCCGCCUGUCAUGUCUUGCCUGUUGACUGCAGGACAUCUCAGACAGGCCUGUGCCCCUGACUACCCAGCUCCAGGCAACCUGUGACCUGGAAAGCAUACCAGUAGCAACUAUUCCUGGAAAAAGGAAGCCCCUACCAGCCUGGUCUGCAGACUUCCUGUGGGAGCACCAAGCCCACCAACCUGCUUGGAUGGCAAAGCUACCUGACAGGACAGACACACAGAACUCGUUUCCCCUGAUGUUCCACUGGAUGUCUGAGAGGCUGACAGCAUGUGAGUGGGCAGAGUGGGGACAGAUGGACAUGCUGGGAUGUCCAAUUAGGAGAGAGACAGAUGCAGCGAGGCCAACAGACCCCAGAGGGAGCGAAUGGGGCCAGCGGUGGGGAUAGACUGAGCAGGGCAUGAGGUGUCUCUUUCCCUUUGUACAGCUGAGCUGAUGACACUGUUUCUAGAAGUGGACACUGACUGAUACUGAGCCACCGAAGAGCCAUCAUUUUUAUCAACAAACGUUAUUUUUGUGGAAAUAUUUUUCUGAAAGUUUAUCUUUUUUUUUUCUGGCUGUGCCUCACCACAUGCGGGAUCUUAGUUUCCCGACCAGGGAUGGAACCCGCGCCCCCUGCAGUGGAAGCGCGGAGUCUUAACCACUGGACGGCCAGGGAAGUCCCCUGAAAGUUUAUCUUAUAAAAGCACAGGAACCACCAUUUUCUAGAGGCCAUGUCUUUGGGGAAGAAAGAUCCACUGAGAUUCAUUUUUUCAGAAACAAAUUAAAGGGUUUAUCUUCUAUUGAGUCUGUAAAAUUUGCCUGUGGCCAGCCUUCUCAUCCCACCUCCUGGGAAAGCCCUGUCCCGAGGAGGGAAGAGGAGGGAAGGGGAGGGUGCCUGAUGUCACUGAAACUGGCUAUGGCCCAUCAGCCAUAUGUCCCAGAGUCUGCAUUUCCUCAGACCAGAGAUGCCAUGUGGGAGGUGGGUUCCUUCCUUCCUUUGGAGGAGAAAAAAAGUUGAGACUCCAUAGUGGCCAGGUAGGUCAUGUGGGUCUGGGGCCUGGGGAAGAGUUGAGGAACCUGUGGGGGCUCUGAUGCCCCAGCAACUCCUCCUAGAGAAGCCCAGAUACCUCAAGGGAGACCAGGAGGUGCAGACCUGCCCCCCACAUUUCUCCCAGCCCCCAGCCCAGUCCCCUCCUGAGCCCACUGCCCAGGGCUAGGCCCCCUUCUACUUCCUCUUUAGACCUCUGGCUGCCUCUUAGGUUUGAGAUUAGACGCGAGGUCUAAGACGGCCAGAGCUCAGACACACUCAGGCAGGAUGUGCUCCUCAGAGCUUAAAGUGUUCAGCUUCCUCUACAAAUGCUACAGCACAAGAAGGAACCUGACCUCAGAGAGAGAGUGCAGAGUGUGACCCAGUCUGUCUGAUGCCUGAACUUUCUGGCCCCGUGACAUUGACAUGGGCAUCUGAUCCUUGAGGUCACAGGGCUCCAGAGAAAGAGCUGGGCUCGGUCUCUCUUCCUUGCCCAUCUGACCGAUUCAGGAAGGGGCUGACAGGAAGCUCUGCUCACCCCCCGCCGUGCACAGGCACACACACCACACACAUACCUCACACACUGCACACUCACACACACCCACACACGCACACAUACAGAACAGUUUCUUAACACUGGAAAAUCACUGGCCCUGUGGAGACAGUACCUGGUAUGAAAGAAGGCCAGGUAGUUUCUACCAUGUUGUUAUGCUGUGCUUUGGAAACCUGGGCAACGCAGGUGGGAUCAGCAGCUCGUGCCACGUUUUAUGUCACCUGUACUAUUUCCCGGGGGUGCAGUCUCAAGGGCCAGAGCUUCACUGUACAAAGACAGAUGCAGGGGGCCACCUCUGGGGGUUAGGGGUUAGAUCUCAGAGACAGGAGGUAAUCAUGGGCUGGCCAAAAGGGAUUAUUCCAUUUCUUCUUCAUAGCAGCCCUAUGAAGCAGGUACUAUGAUUCUCAUUUUCAGAUGAGGAAACAGGCUUAGAGAGAUGAAGCCACUUGCCUAAGAUCAGUUGGCGGUAAAAACGGUCUUGAACCCAAGCUGGCCUGACUCCGAAGCUUGUGGAGCUAGCCAGGGCUUAAAAUAACUUUUGGAGGUAUGGCUGAUCCAGGACUUUGGUAUCACAGGACCACUCCUCCUCUGAAGCCAAACGCCAGCAUCCCUGCCUCUGACUCUAUGCUUCGAUGCCACUGUAAUUCCAUUAUUCCUACUCUUCGACCUUCGGCUCACAUUUGCCCACUGAGCUCCCCCCAUAUCCAUGUCCCUCUCCUGACACCCACCCCCCUCAGAGCCCGUCCUCCUGUUUCAGAGGAAGAAGAUGUCUCCUUGCCACCACGGCCAGCCCUGGGCCUAUCGCCGGCAAAGGCAGACAUCUCCCCUUGCCCCUUCCCUCUCCACGACCUUUUCCAUCCCCACUUAAAUCCAGGAGAGCAUGCCAUCCACUUGCUCAAGACCCCCUCAGCCCCACCCCUGCAUCCCAUCAACAGUCCCUCAAGGUCUCACAAGAUCAGGUCUCUCCUGAAGUAUCACUUCCUCAGGGAGGCCUUUCCUGCUUCCCCACAAUCGCCUCCUCCACCCCCAGGUCUCUACGCUCCACCCACUUUGCUUGUGCUCAGUAGAACCCACCUCCACAUACAACUAUAUAGUUAUCAACGGCUAUCUUGUUUAUUGCUUGACACCCCUGUUAAAACAAAUGUCAUGAGGGCAGGGACUUUGACCGCUACAUCCUCAGUGCCCAGAAGUGAACGUUCAACAUGAAUAAAUGUUUGCUAACUGAACAAGUGAAUGUCCAUGGUGCCCUCAUCCUCGAACAAACAAAAACAGCCUUUCCUGUUCCCUUCACUUUCUCCUCCUCUUCCAAUAAUCGGUUUACUCUCCUCCCGCCACCCGGCUCCACAGCGUUGUCUCCCGUCUCCUGACCCUCACCUGCCAUUCCCUCCU